UGCCUGUUUAAAAAAGCAUGAGUCUGCUAAAAAGCUAUACCUUCUUUACCUGCUCCAUGCACAGAUUCGAACUGCACUUGCUCAGUGUUUGGAUGUACCACAGGGGGAGCUGGCUGCAAUCUCUACAUUAGCUUGCUAAUACCUUAUGAUUAUAAAAGUGCUUUUGCAUAUUUAGGAAAAUAUGCUCCCCUGUUGUUUCCAUGCAGUCUUAAAUGGCCGCAGAAUUUAAUUCUUUUAAGUUCAGGAGGCAACUUUUCUUUACUGGGUAAAAUGCUGCUCUGAUCUGAGUGACCAUUGUGAAGUCUUCCAUACGUUCUCUAUCCUGCUCUUGUAUUUCAGAAUCCACUCUGCUAAAAAAAUGUACAAUGUACAUCAGGAGAAAGCAAGUCUUUCUAGCCCAAUUAAAAGGAAAAAUAACCAGUCUAGAAGACUAACACCAAAAAAUAACCUACACUUGACCUUAACCUAAGUCUAGUAGUUCAAAGUCGAGCACUCAGUUUUUAAGGAUGCUUAUUCUUCAAGGAUUCUCCUGCCAUACACCCUUUAAUUAUACUCGGACAACACAAUUUUUAUUAUAUUGGAUUUAUAAUAUUUCAUUAUGCUUACCAGGAAAGCCUUCCAUACCAGGAAGGCUGGGGGACAAGAAAGACAAAGGACUAGGCAUUUUCGCAGUGACUUCUUAGCAGGGAAAAAACCCCAAAACUGGGAAAAUCAAUUAUCAGAUGAAUACAUGAACAAAAGUGAAAUAGUACCUAAGGUAGCUGGAUUUACACAAAAUAAUAUAAUUCCUUCACUGGUCUACCACAUGUUGACCUGCUGAAUCAAGGGUCAAGGUCACUCCUUGGCGAGUUUGCAGACUGCUGCUUUCUUCAAGUUUUUUAUUUCCAGACACUCAUCUGAACCACAUUCAGGAGUCAUUUCCAGACCUCAGGUUCUGAUUUGCUUAAAGAUUUUCUGAUUCCUUUUUGGAUCUAGCCUUUUGGCUUGGCUUCAGUUUUUCCCCAUAUUAAGUUUGCAAAAUUUUGUGUUGAUACUUAUGCCGAACACAGUUGUUAACAGUGUUGAAUGAAACAGAAAGCAUUCUUUAACAAAAAUAAUAAUUCCACACCAUAUGCAACAACUUAGACAUAGGGCCAUGCUUGAAUAAGGAGGAUGAAAACGCCAGCCCUGUCUUGUGAAUUAGAGACCUGCCACGAGAAGAAAUGCCUUACAGAUUAUACACAAGAUAAAAAAACCCUAAGAUAUCUGAAGCAAUUAGAAGUUUGGUAUUAAUCAAGUUUGGCAUGCCUGCCUUAGCAACAAUAACCCAGAACUUUUAAAGCCACUUGUUAGCCUAUAUUAACUAUGAGGAGUGAAACAUAUUUUAAAGGAUUCUUCAAGGAACUGUCAAAAUCAAUUUCUUUUGUCUUGUUUACUAAGGAAGUUAAGCUUAUAUGAGUGCUUUUUCAAUUUUCCUUGUCUCUCCCCUGAACUUUUGCCAAAAUCAGCCAAAUUCAGCAGAGGAUUCUUAAAUGUAUCACAUUGCCACAGAUUUUGUGCCAAUAUCAAAACAAAUUGAGGAGUGCAAGAUCCACAAAAUUCCACAGUCUAGGAGCAACAAGUCAGCAGAAGAUCAAGGUGCUGCAGGUCUUUGGUCUUCUGUUUUUAUAAAGUUGCAUUUUGUUCAGCUACUUGUCGAUCUAUUAAGUGCCAUGCAAAGAGGCAUGGAUCCAGGAAGAGGCUUAGGAGUCUUCUGGUUACCUAGUGGCACCAGCUAGGGGGUUACUUAGGGGCACCAAGGUGUUCUCAGGAUAUGUCCCCUGGUUGGUCUCACUCACUGGGGCAGUCCCUUCCUCUACCCACCCUGCUUAUUGACACAUUUUGAGAGACUUUGAAGCGUCUUCUGAGAGAUGCCUUUCUCCAGCACGGUCUCUUACAGAGGUCUCUCCAGGUUUCUUAUUUGGGGGCAUGGGUGGAUACAGUGGUAUUUUUCUUUUAGGUGAAAACACUCUUAAAUUUAUAUAGGUCUUACAGUGGCUUUAGAGUCCACUUUGACAAUCUUUUAAUUUAGAUAUGAGCAUUCUGGUUUACAUGGGAAUGCCAGAUAGAGUGUUCAGUCUUUACAAAUUGCAAUUCUUGGUUAAUGAUAAUAAUGAUAUUUACAAUGCAUCGACAAUGAACCUGGAAGUCACGUACAAUCUGUGCAAAGAGGAGAAAUGUCAUUUGCCUGCAUCUGCCUUGCAUCUAUAGUUGUCCAGAAAAUGAGGGCUAUAUCCAGUCUUCAGAAACAGCUAUCAAUGGCCAUCACCCAGGGCUUAAGAUACUAACCUUGAAGUGCUGGAAACUGCAAACAAGUCUAUACUGAACUGGAAACAGAGUGUACACUUUGAUCUAUUAGGUGUGUCUACUUAAGUCAAAUUAUCAGGAGUAUUAAUCCUUUUUAAAGCAGAGUAUAAAGCAGGGAACAGUACUAGAAAGUGAUACUUCUGAGUUUGCCAUUAAUGGAGUUCAUAAAUAAGAUCCCCAAAAGACGGUUAGCAGGAAGCCAAAAAUCACAAAAAUCUUCUCCAAAACUGCAAGUGACAGAUUUAUGAAAAAGGACUGUGAUAAAAUCUUGGUAGGGAGGAAUAUAAAUUUUUAAAUCUAAUUUUGGUUCUCUUUGGAGUGAUCUGAGAACUAGAAGACAGUGAAUUCUUUGGAAAAGGGGAUCAGUAAAAGUAACACCUUGAGAGAGUCUCAGACUUAAUACAUGUGUCAUCGAAAGGCUGCUCGAUCACAGCUGCAGCUCAAUGAUACACUAAACAGCUGCACAAAACUGCACACUACAAGCCAAAGAUUGAGAAGUUCCACGCCACCUUAUUAAUUUAGGCGCACCUGCAGAUAUAAAUAUAUAUAUUCAUUUUUAUACGGAAUAAUACAUGCCUAUCACACAAAGCAGUUACAAAACAGAUACAAAGGAGUACUGGAUUUUAAACUGGCGGCUGUGCCCGCUAUUCAAACCCCCCGAGCACCAGCGAGAGGAGCCUUUGGGAUGGUGUGGCAGCGGCCGGGGGAGGCGAGGCGGAGGGGAGCGGGGAGGCGGCGCUGAGAGCCGGGGCUGCUCGGGGAGGAAUCGCUGCUGUGCCAGAGCUGGAGAAAUCCCCUCGCGCGAGCCGAGAGGAGGGAAGUCAGUCACCUGGCGGAGAAGGACAGUAAAACAGGGACGGAGAGGGAAAUCUCUGCCUCUCUCUCCCUUCUCUUCUGCAAGAGAUCCACCUCCUGUUUUCCUCCCAACUCUUCCAGCAUAACCUUCAAAGAAGACCAUACCCUACAGACUUUCUUCUAUUUUGUGUAUGUGUGUGUAUAUUAUUAUUACUGAUAGACUGUCUUUAGCUGCAAAACAAUUUUUGAGCCUAUGCAGGACUUGGGGGGUUUUGCUAUGUUGCCAGCGAAAUUGUUCAUCGCUAAUGUCUUGCGCUCACAGGGUGCUAAAUUAGCUACCAGACUACACUGGUAGCACAACGGAGAAAGGCUCUUAUCAUAGACUGUUCUCUUCAGUUUGAACACAUUUGCUUGAAAUUUGCUGCAUGAUGCUGUCCAGGGAAGGAUUUUUUCUCGGGAUACAGCGAUUCGCCGGUUUCUGAGCUUAUUGCAGAAGAAAAAAAAAAUCUUUAAACUGAGUGGAUUUUUUUUUUCUCUCUCCUUUCAUUGCCAGAGGACGCCAAUCUCUUUCGCCAGGGAAGGAUCACCUGUCGCUUUAAUCCUUAAGGGAAUUAUUUUUUUAAAAAAAUGAAAAAUUUAUUUAUUUAUUUAUUUUAACCGGUGGAGGCGUGAUCGCGGAGAAUGAGACUGAGGGGAGCUGCCAGGGUUUGGAGGACAAGGCUGAGUUUAGGCUGGAAACUGAGAGACUAGAUUUUUCCCCCUCCUCCCUUCAUACCCCCCCCCCUUUGUUCUUCUUUAUUUUUUUUGGCACAACUUCCGUAGUUUCCAGUCCGCUCCAUUCAGUUUCGCUCUAUGGACAGAUCAGCAAACCUGGACGCGGAGGAGCUCAAGGUCCAAGUUUUCAAACCCAGAGACUGGAAGUUCAGUUUACUCUGUGGCUGGAAAGAAGCCCUACUCUGUCCUGUAACAUGCAUUUGGAACAGGAAUGAAUACAGAUGACACGAGAGCAGUAUAUAUUAGCAACACAACAGAACAGCCUUCCAAGGACUGAACAUCCUCAGUUCUACCCAGUAGGGAUUUAUGGAUGGCGAAAGAGGUGCUUAUACUUCUUUGUCCUUCUGCUGUUGGUUACCAUGAUUGUUAAUUUAGCAAUGACAAUAUGGAUUUUGAAGGUUAUGAAUUUCACAGUGGAUGGAAUGGGAAAUUUGAGAGUCACUAAAAAAGGAAUACGACUUGAAGGAAUAUCUGAAUUUCUACUUCCACUAUAUGUGAAAGAAAUCCAUUCCCGAAAGGAUAGCCCACUGGUCUUACAGUCUGACAGAAAUGUAACAGUGAAUGCAAGAAAUCACAUGGGACAGUUAACUGGACAACUGACAGUAGGAGCUGAUGCUGUGGAAGCUCAGUGUAAGAGAUUUGAAGUGAGAGCAAGUGAUGGUGGAAAAGUAUUGUUUUCUGCAGAUGAAGAUGAGAUUGUCAUUGGAGCCGACAGACUGAAAGUAACAGGCACGGAAGGGGCAGUGUUUGGGCACUCUGUGGAGACACCCCAUAUCAGAGCAGAACCUUCCCAAGACCUCAAACUUGAAUCUCCCACUAGAUCUUUGGUGAUGGAAGCACCUAGGGGAGUACAAGUCAGUGCAGCUGCAGGAGACUUAAAGGCUACCUGUAGGAAAGAACUGCACUUACAGUCCACAGAAGGGGAGAUAUUUUUAGAUGCAGAUACAAUCCGCCUGGGAAACCUACCAAUGGGGUCCUUUUCAUCCUCCUCCUCCUCCUUCUCCUCCUCCUCCUCCUCCUCCUCACCCAGCUCUUCAGCUCCUCGCCAGACUAUCUAUGAGCUCUGCUCCUGCCCCAAUGGUAAACUUUACCUGUCCCCAGCAGGAGCAGGCUCCACAUGUCAGUCCAGUAGCAACAUCUGUUUGUGGAGCUAGAGUGACUCUGUUUUAUCCUCACACCAGAAGAGCCUUUUGUUCCCAUCCCUCUGCUUCACGGUUCAGUUCAGUUUCCCUCGUGGCGCGUUGGACGCUGCAAGCGGCCUGCAGAGCAACUCCUUCCACUGCAAGCAGGAGAACAGCGCUGCCUUCCCUCGUGGCUGGUGCUGCCACUCGACAGAGAUGGGAGAGACAUGUCCAGAAAUCAAUGUAUUCUUCAUCAGGAAACCUACAACAUGAGAUCACCUUAUUUUCCAAAAGGGACAAUAACACAGGUGCCUUUGCUACUUGAAGUGAAGCACAUAGUUUUAGAUUUUUGCAGGACCUGGAUAUGAACUGCACAUA